AUGCUUGCCUACCACAGCAACCCAGCCCUGGAGGCUUUCAUAUCAUCGGCCUGGUCGGUGUCCAUCAAAGCAGCUCCCAGUUACGAAAACUACGUGUGGCCGCAAUGGAAACGGGAGCACAUUUUCGUUGAGUCUGACAGCAACAGCAGUCGAGGCGCACCGUGUCGCGGAAACAGCAUUCCCUGGGUGGAAUUCAUUCGCCAGACUCGACAGCUCGGCCCUCCGUCCGUGAUGAUGAGCCCGAACGUUCGCGGCAACGGCUAG